GUUCUGCUCAUCGUUAUAUUAUUACACCUGUUGCGUGCCCUUGAGACUUGAUCUACUCCUUCCCCACCAGCCCGCCCAGUGGCUACACCACCCGCGUUCCACUUGUCGUAAUUCCUCCUCUCUCUCUCUCUCUCUCUUUUACACCUCCUUCGCCCAGCAUCUGACAUCGAAUACCCGGUCCAGUCAUUUUCUUCCAAGUAAACGGAUAUCGGCUCCGGUCGAAUCACUCUGCUAGAGAAUCCGAGUCGCGGCCAAGGCGACAUACCCAGUGGCCAGGGUUUGGCGUUCAUCGAUCUUCUAUCCACGGUAAGUACUCCCGUGGUACCAGCUCGCAGUCAGUCCUAUAUCGGCGAUUUUCGCUGACAUGAAACCAAGGCCCUGUAAUAUAGUCGAGAUGGCGAAACAAGGUCCUGUAGGUAUAUUCGAAAUGGAUUCUCCGUCUUCACCAGCCUCAACAUCAGGCGGGGUGCCCGGUCGUGUGAGUGAGGGGUCGGCGUCGGCGUGUGGGGGUACUAUCGGAGAGCUGGGAUCUUCCCGGAAAGACUCCCACUCACCACCAGCCUUCCACGGCGGACCGAGCCAAGUAUCAGGCACGGCUUACGACAGCGAUUCCGUCGCCCAAUCUACAACACAGACGCGGCGGUAUCCGACAAGCGGUCUUCGGAAUAUGACGGCGACCAGGAUUUCGGUGGUAAAGCACCUGCUCACACCCCGCUCCGGCGGGCCGACCUUCCACUCUUCGCAAUACUUCGAUCCCGAUAUAUUGGACGCCGCCUCCGCCCAGGGCUCGUCUUUACUAGAGGACGUUACGCCUACAGGUGAAGCGGGGAAGGGUGAUAUUGAGGUCAUUGAUAUCAGCAGCGACGACGACGACGACGACGACGGCGAAACACAGCCCACAGCCGACGUCGACGACGACGAAACACAGCCCACAGCCGGCGUCGACGACGACGAAACACAGCCCAUAGCCGACGUCGACGACCCAGUGCCCGUGAAUGAAGAAGAGCGGGCUCUGAUGAGCUUGCUUGUAGGGCAUGCGGACCCGAACUUCAAGGUGAACUUUGUUAGGUUCUUCAAUUACGAAGGAGACGUGGGGUUGAUCCUCCCAGGAACCAAGUUGCACCUCGCCGAAUCCCAACUUGAAGACAUCUACGAUAUCCUAUACGCUCUAUUCAUCGGUUUCCAGAUGGAUAUGGCGCAUCCUCAUCUACAGAAUUUAAGGGUCUUUACCGAUGACCGUAGACGUGGGGAUCUGGGGGACCACAGCCACCGGCACAACUCCAGUGCUGCCCCGUAUCGGACGUGCUGCCCCUCUGGAGGACUGGUGCAGAUCCAAUGCCCCUGCGAGACAGGAUCGCUAUCGUGGUACAUAGCAAAGGGUAUGGAUCGCGUCCCAGGACCCGUGUUGUGGCUAUCGCCGCCAAGUGUUAUCGAGACUACUGCGCGAGAGGCCAGGGAGUACUUCGACGACUCGGAGGAUGCGAUCAACUUGCCAGAUAUCGGAACUUUCGCGGGAAUGAAGACAUUAGUUCAUUACGACAAACAAAAGCUGAGUGUUCGGGAACUCGAUCGCAUGAAGGCAAACGUGAUAUCGCUAGACCGCGAAGGCUUCGUGCUGCCUGAGCCUGCAAAGUCUCUCAAGAUCGAGGGAAUGAAGAAAACGGCCAAACUAAACCUCGGUUUUAUUCCGGCUGGGACUGGGAAUAUCAAGGACGCCCAAGCGUUUGAUCUUGGCCCAUUCAAGCUUUCAUACGCUGCUGAGGAGCCAGCCCAGUUCUACAACCAUUUUAUAAUCAUCAGCAACAAACAGACUGGCUCGUCAAACCAUACGAAUCUGACAGCCACGCUUCGGUCGUAUGCCGAGCACUCGAAUGCCAAGAUUGUGGGCGUAAGCGCGAAUACCCUCACGAGAGACAUGAGAGCCAGUAUUGAGGGACCGAUCAGUUGGGUCGCUCCGAGUGCUUGGAGCGAUCCAGAUAGCGCCAUGUACCGGUAUUCGGCAGAUUACGUUGUAGGUAAUCUCCUAAACCUAAGGGAUGGCGACCCUCGGUUGGCGGAGAUUCAGUUCUUUUUCAGUAGGAUCAUUACGGCUCACCCCCCAGGGGCUGACGAUGUGAACGGCAACCGGCCUGCGACAGUCCUGCAACUGAUUCCAGUCAAAUCGAAAAUCACCAACCAGAAGGCAUAUGAGUGCUUCAUCAACGGGCAGGUAAAGACGCUGCGCGACGAGUGGGUAAAGCCGCUGCAAGAGAGGUACGAGAAUCAGCAGCGGGAGCUCAACCCGGCCGAUCUCCCGAAGGCUCAAAAGGAUUUCGAAAACAAACUCGAAGAGGAGGAGUUUGGGACGGUGCACUUCCUGGUCAAGUUAUAUGCGGCAACCUACCCGCAUAUAAUGGAGUUUCCUUUUGACUUCAUAUCCAACCAUCUCCACGCGAAUGCCUUGAAGAAGAUCAAAACGGCCGAAGAGCGCUCGAUGCAUACGGAAAUCCUCGGGAUUGUCGACAAGAUGUGCCGGAGCAGCGGCAAGGUCAAAUUGGUGCAUGAUAUACUUCAGUUUGCGCUCGCCGAUAAAGACCUACCACUAGAUGGCGCGAAGCACCCUGGCGGGCCGUUCAAGAAGAACGUCGUAGUGUUCUACACACGGCUAGGGAUCCUAUUCCCGCUGGCGAGGUAUGCUGACGUCUGUUGGGCAAGUGAUUGGAAAAUCGUCACCAUCGACAGCGAAGUCAAACCCGCGGAUCGCUCGGCAAUUAUUCUAGCCAAUCUCGACAACAAAAUCCUAUUCGGCUCGGACAAGAAGCCAUGUCUCGUCAUCGCGACGAUCGAAGCUGCCGGCACGGGGAUAAACGGCUUCGAGGCCGCCAGCUAUGCGAUUCUGUUCGGCGCGCCCUUCAAAGAGGCCUUGCCCCAGCAGGCCGUUGGGAGGGUCGCGCGGCCGGCGCAGAUCCACGAGACACAGUGCUACUUCUUGGUAUCUGAGGAUAUUGACGGGGUAGAAGGGCGAAUCAUCGCCCGUCACCAGGCUCGCAGAGAAUCAAUCGACGUCAACACUGGCGAGGGGAGGAAUAAGCCCGAGGAAGGAAAGGGUAAGAGGUACGGGUGCAAAUGGGAGGUGAAGAAGCUAGGCUGGAUGCCUAGAGAUAAAGAGUGAGAGAUCGACGACGGGGUACCGCUCUGAGCGCUACUAACGGGUCUAGGGAGAGGGCCAGAACGUUGCUGGGCUGCGAGAUUGAUGGCAGCGGCAUGUGUAAGUAGGCGAAUAUCGGCGCGGGAAGAUGUGGUGGUUGCUGGGUACCUGGCUCGGGUUUUACGGGUGCUGAUGGCGGCUGCUGAGCCGGUGGCUGCGAGGCAAUCGCAGGCCGCGCGGAGGAGGCGCUUGCUGAGCGACACGUGUUUCGUUGUAAGGACUAGUCGAGAGUGUGUCGAGUCUAAGGGAGUAAAUAAGAAGGCGUACUGGUAGUUGUCUGCCCGCCGUUUAUCUGUGUAUACUUGUGUGGCUCUUAUCCUUCCGCGACAACGACAAUACGGGGUGAGCCCCCCGCCAGCGCGAGGGGCUUCACUU